AUGCCUCUCUCCUCUCUUCGCUCUGCUCUUCUUCCUAUAGAUGCUAAAAUCAUCUUGACCAAAUGGAUACCAUCUGAAAUCAUCUUGACCUUGGCGACACUAUCUGAAAUCGAUGAUGAAAUCGCACCUUUUCCACUACCAUAUGAAAUUGAUGCUGAAAAGUUCGGCACCAAUGUCGUCGGUCUAUCGUCGCUCCACACCCUCCCAUCGACGCACCUCUGUUCUCCACUCAAUGUCAAACAGCUCCAUCCGUCGCCUCCUACAUCUCCGGCUGUCCCACCCUCCCACGCCUCCGACACCACCAUCGCACAGCAGAACUCUGACUCAUCUUCAGGAUCUUCAGAUGCUAAGGAGCAGAAUCAAAAAGCCCACACACAUUCCCAGGAGUUGGAGAAGCAGGUGGAUAAACUAUGGUUGGAAUUGAAUCUCAAACUCAUGUUAAGGGAGGAUUUGGAAACUAGAUCGAAAGAAUUGGAUCAAAAGAUGAUUGAUAUAAAUCCAAAGCUUCAAGAGAUUUUGGAUUAG